AUGUCGCAAGCAGAAGAACACCCCAUCAACCAGAGCGAGUGGUGGAAGGUGUACGGCGAGCCCGCUGUCAAGCCGGGCGCCGUCAGCGUCGACGAGCUCACCGCCUGGUACGAGACCAAGACGCCUGGGCGCGACUUUGUUGUUGUCGACGUGCGCCGUUCUGACUGCGAAUACAUCAUGCCGGGGGCCAUCAACCUUCCAGCUCACUCUCUGCCAGCGACACUGCCGACGCUCGUGCAGAUGCUGGCGACAGUGCCCAAGUUGGUCUUCCACUGCAACUCGAGCAAAGGUCGAGGAACACGCGCAUCGGGCUGGGUAGCGGACAGCUUCUUUAAGAUGCACACCGCGGCUGGUGCGUCGCAGGAACAGGCACAGACGCGCGUCGAGCAGCAGGUGCUCAUCCUCACCGGCGGCAUCAAUGCCUGGACCGAAAAGCACGGCAAGCGAGCCCUGGACACCAGGGGCCAGCCGUGGGACGGCAAGUCGCUCUCCACCAUCCCGCUCUAG